AUGUUAUACGAAGACGAUGUCGCACGAAGCAAGGCAGAUUCAAACGUUGUAGGUCUGGCGACCGACGGUACCGUAUUAGAGGACGUUCUAGAAGACGAAGUUGUCGCCGAAGAUCUAGAUGUGGAAGGAGACCACGUUCGCAAUGGCGUUGCCGAUCGCGGUCGGGGAGGUUCAAGCGUUGCAGUCAGUGUGACAGAAGAUAUCGUCUCCGACGUAGAUCACGCUCUUAAAUUU